AUGGAGAUGCAGAACUGUAGUCAGUAUUUCAUCUGUGGGUACCAAGAUAAAGAGGAAGUUGUUCUGUGGAUGAAUACAGUAGGACCCUACCACAAUCGCCAAGAAACAUACAAAUACUUCUCUCUUCCUUUCUGUGUGGGAUCAAAAAAAAGCAUCAGCCAUUACCAUGAAACCCUAGGAGAAGCACUUCAAGGAGUUGAAUUGGAAUUUAGUGGUCUGGACAUCAAAUUUAAAGAUGAUGUAAUGCAGACUACUUACUGUGAAAUUGACUUGGACAAAGGAAAAAGAGAUGCCUUUGUGUAUGCUAUCAAAAAUCACUAUUGGUACCAGAUGUAUAUUGAUGACUUGCCAAUAUGGG